UUUCUAAAGGGGAAAACAUUUCUUUAAUUAUCUAAGCUCUCAGAACCCUUUAGAGGUACACCCUUUAUAAAAGUGAUUAUUAUCACCCACAUUUGGUGAGGUACUUGGGGAUAAAAAGUGUUAUGUAAAUGUUUACACAUGGUUACGCUGUGGGCCAAGAUUCACAGAGGGACCGUCAACACUGCACAGGAAGAAGCAUGAAGCCGGAGAGAGGUGAUGACUUUUAUGCAAGAGAGACAGCCGCAGAGUUAGCUGGAAGUCUACCAAGUAACGGCACAGCCAACAAGAUGAACGGAGCUUUGGAUCACUCAGACCAACCAGACCCAGAUGCCAUUAAGAUGUUUGUCGGACAGAUCCCCCGGUCAUGGUCAGAAAAGGAGCUGAAAGAACUUUUUGAGCCUUACGGAGCUGUUUACCAGAUCAACGUCCUCCGGGACCGGAGUCAGAACCCUCCCCAGAGUAAAGGUUGUUGUUUCGUAACAUUUUAUACAAGAAAAGCUGCACUUGAGGCCCAGAAUGCACUGCACAAUAUUAAAACUUUACCUGGGAUGCAUCAUCCCAUUCAGAUGAAACCUGCAGAUAGUGAAAAGUCAAACGCUGUGGAAGACAGAAAAUUGUUCAUAGGAAUGGUUUCGAAGAAAUGUAAUGAGAACGAUAUCAGGGUGAUGUUUUCUCCAUUUGGCCAGAUAGAAGAAUGCCGGAUUCUCCGGGGACCCGAUGGGCUGAGUCGAGGCUGUGCGUUUGUCACAUUUUCUACAAGGGCAAUGGCACAGAAUGCAAUCAAAGCCAUGCAUCAGUCUCAGACCAUGGAGGGCUGCUCUUCACCUAUCGUGGUGAAGUUCGCUGAUACUCAGAAGGACAAAGAGCAAAGGCGCCUCCAGCAGCAACUUGCACAGCAGAUGCAACAGCUCAACACUGCCACCUGGGGGAACCUGACAGGCCUGGGCGGACUUACCCCACAGUACCUGGCGCUCCUGCAGCAGGCCACCUCCUCCAGCAACCUGGGUGCAUUUAGUGGCAUUCAGCAAAUGGCUGGCAUGAAUGCUUUACAGUUACAGAAUCUGGCAACGUUGGCUGCUGCUGCAGCUGCAGCCCAGACCUCAGCCACCAGCACCAAUGCAAACCCUCUCUCCACCACGAGCAGUGCCCUGGGAGCCCUCACGAGUCCCGUGGCUGCUUCAACCCCCAACUCCACUGCUGGUGCAGCCAUGAAUUCCUUGACUUCUCUGGGGACUCUGCAAGGACUGGCUGGAGCCACUGUUGGACUGAAUAAUAUUAAUGCACUAGCAGUUGCUCAAAUGCUCUCAGGUAUGGCGGCUCUGAAUGGAGGACUUGGCGCCACAGGCUUGACGAAUGGCACGGCUGGCACCAUGGACGCCCUCACCCAGGCCUACUCAGGAAUUCAGCAGUAUGCAGCAGCCGCACUGCCCACUCUGUACAGCCAGAGCUUGCUGCAACAGCAGAGCGCUGCAGGCAGCCAGAAGGAAGGUCCAGAGGGUGCAAACCUCUUUAUUUACCACCUUCCACAGGAGUUUGGAGACCAGGACAUUCUGCAGAUGUUCAUGCCUUUUGGAAAUGUUAUCUCUGCUAAAGUCUUCAUUGACAAACAGACCAAUCUGAGCAAGUGCUUUGGUUUUGUUAGCUAUGACAAUCCAGUCUCUGCACAAGCUGCUAUCCAGGCUAUGAAUGGCUUUCAGAUCGGCAUGAAACGCUUGAAGGUGCAGCUGAAGCGCUCCAAGAACGACAGCAAACCUUACUGAUCCUAACCCCAGAGGCUCCCUGCUCUUACUUUAGCUUUCUUAGGACAUCUUCAUGCCCGUUAGUUCAUCGUUUGCCUAGCAUGUCCCUGUGGCGUCUCAAAAAAAGUUUCAUCGUCCCGUCAUUGUUUCUGAUGUCUUUCUGACCUCACAUCAUAUUUGGUUCUCCUACUGACCUUUGAUCUAGUUUGACCUUUGAAAUUUGCAUGUGACCUCAUCUAGCUAUGAAUUCUGGGAAGUCAAUGUGAAAAACAUUGCUGCAUUCAUGCAAGACUGAAAUUUAUUAUUAGACAAAUUAUUAUAGAAAAAAAAAACCUGUGGCAAAAAUGUUUCUUUCUUAUUUUUUUUUUUCUUUUCAUAAAACAGACUUGAAAGUAUUAUACAGGGAUUGGCAUUCUUCCCGGUCACUGGUAACAAUAGCAAUAUGUGUCCAGGGACACAGAAUGUUGGUUUCUAACAGACUACUUCCAAAAACAGUUUGAGAAAAAAACUGUCUGAUUUUAAGUCUCUAGAGGUCUGUAAUAGUUUUUACAUUUUUCAGGCAGUGUAAAGUUUUUUGAUAAGGCCAUUUUAGGUGGCUCACUUUCUCAUUAAGAUAUAUAUAUAGAACCACUUUUUGUAGAUUAGUAUAAGAAAAAUAUUUACCCUGUUUUGGGGCAAAUGCUACCUAUUUGUGUCACCUUUUGCUGAACUGACUCACAGUUAGACAAUCCAUGGUUUAAUGCACAUGAAAUUACCUAUAUUUUAUACUGUUUCAAUGUACAGGAGAAAGGUUACUGUAAACUGUGUUAUGUUGGUGCUUCCGUGAAUUAAGUUGUGGUUUCAUCAUGAGUCUUAUGGUCUUAAUGUUCUUUGUUGAUAAGACAAGUUUAGAAUUGGUUUACUUAAAACAAAAAAGAAUUUCAAAAAAAAGUUGUUUGCUUAAACAAAAAUUUCAUGUGAGGGGAAAAAAAAAAAUCUAUUCCAGAAAAAGUUUUGUGUUGGCUUGUGAAGCAUUGAUGUCAUUUUUCUUUUUUAUUGUGGACUAUUUAGAUGUGUUUGUGUUCAGCAAAAUGUGAUUUUUUUUUUCUUUUAAAGAAAAAAGUGAAAAUAUAUAGUGCCAAAUUCCAAAGGUACUUCCUUCCUAGAGCUUCAGUGUGUUUCUUGUGAGAAGUAAUUUGAUAACAUGGGUAUUUUAUUAUGUGUUUUGUAUAAAUCCCUAAUAUUUAAAAAAACAAAAACAAAAAAAAGAGGUUAAAAAGUUUGUUAACUUGCUAUCCUGUGGUCUUGUUGCCUGAUAUUGUUAUUGUUUGUUAUUUCUCUAUGAUGUUUUUUGUAAGACAUUGUAUAAGUGCCCAUGUCUCACUUUUUUAACCACUCUACACAUCAAUGCUGUGAAGGCAACCUCACCAUGUACUUUCUUCAUAAUAUAUGGAAACCUCUAAGGUGAGAAAGUUUUGAACUUU